AUGACUACCCGUUCCAACAAGCGGCAACGAAGGUCAACUGUCUACCUAUCCUCCUCCGAUGAAUCUCAAAGCGAGAGAACAAAACGUGUCCCAAGCAAACCAAACAAGCACGACCUUGAUCAACCCGACAUUCGCAGCCGACCCUCGACCACCUUUUCUGGCAAAAGGCGGAGCCCCGACGUACCCUCGACGAAGACAUCCACGACUAGCAAAUCCAUCCGCGGCUAUUUCGAGUCUUCGAAUCCGGAAAACCAGCCGUCAUUGCCUAAGCCCGAGAACAAACGAAUUCCAUCACCCGCGAUCAACGGAAUUGAAGACGACGAUAUCAUCGACGAUUAUGACUCCUACGACGAAUUGUUUAGCAGCUUUGCAGGAGAGGACACCGCGAAUGGGAGUAAGCCUGUCGCCAUCUCGAAUACUCAGAGCCUAUCCCAGUCCUCGUCUCGUACGAACUUGAGCCGCAACACAAGGCAGAGUAACGCCCCGAAGCGCUUCAUAGUCCCGCUAGCCACCGAUCGAAGGAAGACAUCACCACCUUCCACACAAUCGCCUGAUGGUCAGCUACCCUGGACACAGCGGUAUCCUCCGCAGGACUUGGAUGAGCUAGCGGUGCAUAAAAAGAAAGUUGCCGACGUAAACGCUUGGUUGAAGGAUGCCCUCGCGGGAAACAGUAGACGUAGAUUACUUGUUCUCCGUGGGCCGGCAGGGAGUGGGAAGACAACCACGGUUUCCUUGUUGGCAAAAUCACUGGGCUUCGAGAUUGUGGAGUGGAAAAAUCCCCCAGUCUCUGAUUAUGCCUCAAGUGAUUAUGUAUCAGUCGGGAAGAGGUUUGACGAAUUCCUCGACCGUGGCAGUAGCUACGGAGGUCUGGAGCUCGAUUCGGGGGCUAGCCCUCGUGAAAGUGACAGUGACCAUGUCAACACCACGUCUCGCCGUGUUAUUCUAAUCGAAGAGUUUCCUGCUCUCAAUCGAAAUUCGCCAAGUCUGGCCGCAUUCAGGCUAUCACUCCAACGGUGCCUGGCCACAUCGGGCAUAGAAACAGGUUCAAAUCCGGAAACUCCUAUUGUCAUGAUUGUAUCUGAAACUCACUUGAACUCGGACUCCUCAUUGGCCGACAACAUCACUGUAUAUCGACUGCUUGGGGCGGAGAUUUGCAGACAUCCCAGCACAACGAUCAUUGAUUUUAACAGCAUUGCCCCGACAUUCAUGUAUAAAGCUCUAGGGUUAGUCCUGGACAAGGAAGCCCGCUAUUCGGGACAUCAUACAAAGCCAGCACAUGCGGUGCUCCAGGCCAUUUCCAAAACAGGAGAUAUAAGAAGCGCGAUCAACUCCCUGGAAUUUCUUUGCCUCCGUCCCGAGGCAGCUAAAGCGCUCAAGACCAAUGCCCGCAAAACCAAAGGCCAGCGUAAAACAAACGCGUCGACACUUCCUACCGAAGAACAGACACUACUGUCAGUUUCGCAAAGGGAAAGCAGUCUUGGGAUAUUCCAUGCUGUGGGGAAGAUUGUGUACAACAAACGCCACGAGCUAGAUGCUGCCGCCGCCCAUGGGAAACAACCCUCGCCGCCACCUCACUUGAGCGAACAGGAUCGGCCAAAGCCCUCCCAGGUUUCCGUGGAUGAGCUCAUCGAUGAGACCGGAACUGAUGUUCAGACGUUCAUUAGCGCUCUGCACGAAAAUUAUGUACCAUCCUGCGACGGCGCAUCUUUUGUAGACUGCGUCAAUGGGUGCAUCGAUGCCUUAUCAGACAGUGAUUUACUGUCUCCCGGUACUCGAAAUGGGAGCUCUUUUCGACAUGCCGCUAAGACCGUCAAUACCAGAGGCAGCACCGGUCUUGACGUAUUGCGACAGGACGAGCUCAGUUUUCAGGUGGCAACGCGAGGGAUGUUGUUCUCGCUGCCUCACCCUGUGAAGAGGUGCUCCAGACCGACGGGCCAUUCCGGCCGCAGAAACAACGCACACCAGAUGUAUUUUCCGGCUUCCUUCCGUCUCAUCCAUGAUACGGAGGAAAUCGAAGAUCUUGUUAGCAUAUGGACGAAGAAGUUAUUGGAUCCAUUCAGGAGUUUGGCUACGAGAUCCAGCGCAGAUUCCGGAACUGCUCCAGGACCGACAAAGGACGAGGAGCCCAUAACUGUAACGAUGAUGUCGCGCAGUGAUCUGCUUCUCUACCAGCUGCCCUACAUGACAGCGAUAUCCUGCGACCAAGGGGACACACGGGAACUUCAGCGAAUCACUGGCUUUUACGAAACCAAAAGCGACGUCCUGGAGGGAGACUCAGAUGAACUCCAAACCGAAUUGGUUGAAUGUUGCGCCGACCACAAUACUUGGAAGCCAUUGAAGUUGAAGUCUUCUGCGCUCAACCGGAAUGUUUUUGGUCCCCAGUUGCCGAUAGGUCACGACGACCAAGAGGAAAAGCUGAUAUUAAGCGAUGACGAUAUAUUGGAUGAUUGA